AUGUCGUCUGCUGAUCCCAUGGUUGAUGCGCCGAGCGCAAGUGGCAAGGCCAAGUCCAAGUCCAAGGCCAAGUCCAAGUCCAAGGCCAAGUCCAAGGACAAGUCUAAGGCCAAGUCCAAGUCCAAGUCCAAGUCCAAGUCCAAGGCCAAGUCCAAGGACAAGUCCAAGUCCAAGGACAAGCGCAAGCGGGAGGACGAGACCGAGGAGGACAACGCCGCGGAUGCCACCGCAUCGCCUGCUUCCAAGAAGCCCAAGGUUGAUCUCUCGGCCAUGACCUGGCGCGAGCGCAAGCAGUACCUCAUGCGCCAGGAGAAGGAGCAGGCGUCGGCGGCCGACGAGGCCCAUCUUGUCGACGUCGGUGCAAAGCUCCGCGAGCUGGCCAACUACUAA